GCUUUGUUUAUUUGUGGCAAGCAUUUUUAUUUCCAGGCCCAACACAAUUGUUAGAAAGAAAAAGUUGUGGAUUAUUUAUUAUAACACUUUUAAAAAUAAUUAUUUAAAAAUAAAUAAUUAAAAUGCCAAACCCACUGUUGACUGAGGCAAGAGAACUCGAACUUGGAGCCCAAGAAUUAUGGCCACAAUUAAUAAAACUGUAUCAACCACUGGAAGUCGAGCAAAUAUUAUUACCCGACAAUGCAAAUUGUCUUGCCGUGCAAGCUUACCUGCACAUGUGUAAUUUAAAUUACCAAGUAGAACCCCGUAAAAAUGCAGAGUACAUGUCUCCGUCUGGAAAAGUGCCUUUCAUACAGUGCGGAGGCACUGUAAUUUCCGAGUUCGACAACAUUGUGUCCUUCAUCAAUAACAAGGGGACUACUUUGACCAAUGACUUGACUCCAGAAGAGAAAAUUGACAUGAGAGCUUACAUAUCGCUGAUAAACAACGGGCUAGCCAAUGCUGAGCAGUAUAUUUGUUGGGUUGAUCCAGUUACUCUUGAUACUGUCACUAAGCCGAGGCACGGCAAUGUUUAUGCCUGGCCUUUGAACUAUAUUUUGAAUUGGCAGAAGCACAGGCAGGUUGUUAAAAAGCUUAAGGUUCUUGGUCUUUACAGCAAAGGUAUCAAUGAUAUUUAUCAUGAUGUCAAAAUGUACUGUACUGCACUGUCUGAGAGACUCGAUGGAAAGCCUUAUUUUUAUGGGAAUAAGGGACCUACGGAACUCGAUGCAUUAGUAUUCGGGCAUUUAUUUACAAUCAUAACAACACCUUUACCAGCAAAUAAACUAGCUGAGAUAGUUCGAAGCUUUCCUGACCUAGUUGAUCUGUGUAAGCGCAUCGAUCAGAGGUAUUUUCAACGUAAAAACGAUGAUUAGGGUUUGCUAAAAAGUACAAGUUUCAAAUUUAUUGAUAUUAUUUACACGGAUUAUGACCGCUGUCAAUUUUUGUGCUUAGCUUCUCAAACGGACAAGUGUCCUGAGGGUAAAUUAAUUUGUUCUGUUAUGUAAACUUUACUUUGAUUUUU